UCGGUGGAUGAAAAAUUAGAUUCAGAUUCAGAAGGAGGGCUAUAAACAUAAAUAAAUCUGGGGAUCGAAAGCACUCCGUCCCCCGAUUUGUUCCCCUCUCCUUCCUGACCACUGCUAUAACUGCGCUUUUUUCUCUGCGAGGGAAGGGAAAAGGGAGGUUGGGAAUCAACUUCGUUUCUCCACCGUCCAUCUACAGAAUCCGAAGACGUCAAUUUCAAGCCCUGUUCAACCAAUCGUCAAUCCAGAUCUCGCUUCUUUCUUACAUCCUGGUAAGCAAAAAUCUUUCCUUUCUUCUAUUCAUUCCGGAUCUUUGCUUGAUCUUGUUUCCUAGAUCUCGCAAAGUUCGCUUCUUUGUCUGGUUUUGAUGUUUAAAGCUUGGAUCUUUUGCCAAUUUUCCAUCGCGAGUAUCGAACCGUGAUCUGAACCCUUUCGUUCUUGGGUUCUGAUUUUGGAUGUGGAGCAGGUUGGUAGAGUGGUAUAGAAAAAUGGGUCUUUCAUUCGCGAAGCUGUUCAGCAGUCUCUUCUCCAAGAAGGAGAUGCGAAUCUUGAUGGUGGGUCUCGAUGCCGCUGGUAAAACCACCAUUCUUUACAAGCUCAAGCUGGGCGAGAUCGUUACCACUAUCCCCACAAUUGGAUUCAAUGUUGAAACCGUGGAAUACAAGAACAUCAGCUUCACAGUCUGGGAUGUCGGGGGUCAGGACAAGAUCCGACCCUUGUGGAGGCACUACUUCCAAAACACACAAGGGCUGAUAUUUGUGGUGGACAGCAACGAUCGUGACCGUGUUGUUGAGGCUAGAGAUGAGCUGCACAGGAUGCUGAAUGAGGACGAACUAAGGGAUGCUGUGCUGUUGGUGUUUGCAAACAAGCAAGAUCUUCCUAAUGCAAUGAAUGCUGCUGAGAUAACCGACAAGCUUGGCCUUCACUCUCUGAGACAACGCCACUGGUACAUCCAGAGCACUUGUGCCACAUCUGGGGAGGGACUCUAUGAAGGACUGGAUUGGCUCUCCAACAACAUUGCUAGCAAGGCUUGAGUGUCUUUUUGUCAGGAUCCGACGAAAGAGAUUUAGCAGUGGGUUUCGUUGUUGAAAGUUUUCUUUAUUGUGCAUGUACUCUACUCUUAGAAUUCCAGAAAGUUUGUAUGUACACUACUGUCAUUUUUUCAUGUUAUAUCUGUUUCCUUUCCCCCGUUUUUUUUUUUUGCUUUGAAGGAGUGUUGUGAAAUAAACCAUGGUGCAAUUUAGUUGAAUUCUUGAUUUGGUUACCACUUUUAUCAUUAGUUUUUUCAUGUUGGUGCAUCAUUGUUCCGCCUCCUGGUUGGAUUUGGUCUGGGAGUUGCAUGCAUGUUUUGUGGUCUCAGUGCUUGCCCCUGUU